AUGGAUGGCCGGCUUCCCUUCUGGUUUUUGCUUCCUCUCCUUAGCUAUUCCCUGGCCAGUGAGGAGUCUCAACUGUUAAACGACUUGUUUGAAGAUUACAACAAAAACUCUCGUCCUGUCCGAUCCAUCAGCGACAUUGUCGAAGUCCGUCUGAAACUCACCCUCACCAACCUCAUCUCCCUGAAUGAGAAAGAGGAGACGAUGACAACGAACGUGUGGCUCCAGCUGGAAUGGGAUGACUACCGGCUGACGUGGAAUGAGUCAGACUACGCUGGGAUAUCAGUCUUACGGGUUUCUCCCGACAUGGUCUGGUUGCCUGACAUCGUUUUGGAAAACAACGUUGAUGGCCAGUUUGAGGUGGCUUAUUACGCCAACGUCCUGGUAUAUAGCACCGGCUACAUUUCUUGGCUCCCGCCGGCCAUUUUCAGGAGUGCGUGCGCUGUGGAGGUCACCUACUUCCCAUUUGACUGGCAGAACUGUACAUUGGUGUUCAGGUCAAAAACAUACACUGCGAAGGAAAUCACUCUACUUUUGGCUUUUGCUGAAAGCGGGGAUCUGUUGGAGCGGGUGGACAUUGACCCCGAGGCUUUCACAGAAAAUGGAGAAUGGGCAAUAAAGCACUGCCCCGCCUGGAAGUAUGUGAACAAUCGCUAUACGGAGGAAGACCUUCAGUAUCAAGAGAUUAAUUUCGGGCUUGUUAUUCAAAGGAAGCCUCUUUUCUACAUAGUCAACAUCAUCGUACCCUGUGUCCUCAUCUCCUCCCUGGUAGUGUUGGUCUAUUUCCUGCCAGCCAAAGCUGGUGGACAGAAAUGUACCGUCUCCAUCUCGGUCCUCCUUGCCCAGACUGUGUUCCUGUUCCUGAUCGCUCAGAAGGUUCCGGAGACAUCUCUAAAUGUCCCACUUAUCGGCAAAUACCUGAUCUUCGUGAUGAUCGUGUCCACGAUUAUCGUGCUUAGCUGCGUCAUCGUUCUGAACGUGUCUCUGAGGACGCCGAGCACGCACAACCUGACUGCCGUCAUGAAACGGAGGCUCCUGGAGGUCCUCCCGCGAUACCUGCACAUGAAGAUCGAGCCGUGCGAGGAGGAGGAGCAGACGCCGAAGGAGAGGAGGAAGAGCUCGCUGGGAAUCAUGCUGAAGGCCGAGGAGUACGUGCUGAAGAAACCGCGCAGCGAGCUGAUGUUCGAAAGGCAGAGGGAGCGGCACGGGCUGAGCCGGGACUCCCGGGGCCACAGAGUUGACGGAUUUGAUGUCGGCGUGACCACUCCCCUAUUUAGGAAUCUGGCCCACAUUGCCCCGGAGAUAAAGGAGUGCGUGGAGGCCUGCAACUUCAUCACCUCCAGCACAAAGGACCAGAAUAAGACUAGUGCGGAAAUGGAAAACUGGAUCAUGAUCGGGAAAGUUAUCGACGUCUUGUGUUUCUGGGGCGCCCUGCCCCUCUUCGUGGUGGGCACCUUCGCCAUCUUCAUCACGGGGCACCUCAACAGCGCACCGGAGCACCCCUUUAAAGGAGGCGGACGCCAGUUUCCCCUGUGCACGACUUCUAGCUAA